UUUUUGUCGAAAAGUCAACAGAUGGGAACUACUGAUCUGAGACAGCUGUUGGAGAGUCUUUGCAAUAAUUCAGACUGGAAAUAUGCUGUUCUUUGGAAGAUGGGACAUGGGAGCCCAAUGAUUUUGACUUGGGAAGAGGGGUAUUUUGAUUGCCCAAAACCACGAGAACCUUUGCAAACUAUAUCCUCAGAUGUUUACUGCAAUGGUGGGAAUGAUCUAGUUUCUUCCCUCCGCGAUGCGAGUGCGUCUAAUGCUAACUUUGGGGGACAUCAACUCGAACUUGUCGUGGCUGAUAUGUUGCAUCUUCAGUAUCCCUUAGGAGAGGGGGUCGUUGGUGAAGUGGCAUAUACAGGGGACCAUUUCUGGCUUUCGUUCAACAGUAUUUUUUCUAGUGAAAUGAGCAAGAAUUUAGUUCCUGAGUUUCCAGAAGAAUGGCUGCUUCAGUUUGCAUCCGGUAUCAAGACUAUCUUGCUGGUGCCUGUACUUCCACAUGGAGUUGUGCAGCUUGGAUCAUUUGACGAGGUUGCUGAAGAUAUUCAAAUAGUUGCCUAUAUUAAAGGUAGAUUCAAUGAUCUUCACAGUACUAGAGAACAUGCAGUUCCUCUCACUUUAAAGAGGGAGUUUAAAGCUCAGUCUACACUAAUCUCUUGUCCUGUUGAGCAAUUAAAUGCAACUUCAGCUAUUUCCAUUAGCCAAGUGAAAAGUGAAGAUUCAAAUUAUUCAAUACCUGUCAAUAGUGUCAAGCUACAUAAAGAUGAGCAACCAGAAGAUUUCAAAUGUGAAAGCAAAAAUAAUACUCCAUCACCUAUCUUUGCUGAUGUGUCCCCUCCAAGUGAAUAUCUAAGCGCCAGCCAACCAGGGAUGGUUGAGAGUAAGAUAUUUGAACUCUCUUAUCUGAUGGAUGAAUUGCAAGCAUAUUCUGACUGUAAUGAGUACAAUGUGGGAUGGUUUGGAGAACCCUUGGAUGGGAUGAUGAAUACUUAUCCUGCUGCAGAUAUGGUAGAGCAGUCAUCUGGAGGCAUGGAUGCUAAUGAGGUGUAUCAUAUAAAUAGACAGAGUUUUCUUAGCUUUCCCAAAGGCAGUGAGUUGCAUAAAGUACUUGGACCACCUUUUUUGAGCCAGACCAACGAAAAAACAUGGGAACCAUCUUUAUUGGUGGAGGACAGUUGCAAGAGCUCAAAUUUCAUCUUCAGCGAAGAUCGCAGUGCAAGAAUUGAGCCUUCUUUGUUUGCUACAGAAGGUGAGGUCGAGUUUCUGCUGGAACCAGUGGCUGGCAAUUCAUAUAGCAGUUCAGAUAAUGCGUCUUCUAACAGAUCCCAUAGUUUGAAGUCAUCUGAAAGGUUGUCAGGACACCUUCUUGCUACUUCUCAAAACCAAUUUCAAACAAGAACGUUGGUGGGGGAUGAUUUGGCACCAUGGAGCCAUCUAGCAUCUGUUUGUAUUUCUGGAAGUGGAAAAACUGAUAUUACAGUUGCUUUAGAUAGCAUGAUGAGUACAAUUUUUGACCAGGAACAACAGGGAAAGGAUCAAAGUUACAAGCACCCUUGGAAAGGCCAGAAGAUGUCAAACGUAGCCAGAAGAAGGGCCAGACCUGGUGAAAACCAAAAGCCAAGGCCAAGGGAUAGGCAGCUGAUCCAGGACCGGGUAAAGGAGCUGAGGGAGCUUGUCCCAAAUGGUUCGAAGUGUAGCAUUGAUGGCCUCUUGGAUCAAACCAUAAAGCACAUGCAGUAUUUAAGAAGUGUGACUGACCAGGCUGAGAAAUUGAGGCAGUGGGUGCAUCAAGAGGUUGCUGAUCGCAAGAACUGCAGAUCGUCUGAAACCAAUGUGAAUAUCCAAAGUGGGAAAAGCUGGGCCUUUGAAUUUGGAAAUGAUCUACAGAUAUGUCCUAUUGUUGUGGAAGACCUUGCAUACCCAGGACACCUCCUCAUAGAGAUGCUUUGCAAUGAUCGUGGCGUUUUCUUGGAGAUAGCCCAGGUGAUCCGCAGUCUAGAUUUGACCAUCCUGAAGGGCGUGAUGGAAAGUCGAUUAAGUAACACAUGGGCACAUUUCAUUGUUGAGGCUUGCAAAGGUUUCCAUAGACUGGACAUAUUCUGGCCGCUGAUGCAGCUUUUGCAGAGGAAAAGGAGUUCUAUAUCUGGCAAGAUUUGAUGCAUCCUCGGCCCGUUAGAUGAGAUUUUAUUAGAAAACCUGGAUAUGAGGGACUGUUGUGUUUCUCAUCAAACUAAAUGUCCUUCGUAUUUUAAAAUACGUAAUUCGAACUGCUGUUGUAUUAUUACAAGGAGUGAUGGUUUGUGUACAAAUGAAGAGAGCUUGUUCUUGCAAAUGUAAUGCUUCGUUAGAUCUGAAUUAAUUCUGAGAAAGGGGAACGU